UGUGUUUUUUCAAUUUAUUUUAUUUAAUCAUUUACUAUAUCAAUUUAAAGCUGUUCAUUCAACGCCUUUUAAUUUUGCGUUGAGAAAUGGUGAUGUUAACAUCUGGCCACCUCUUACAGCUGCUUGGGCUCUGUUGCACUUUGGUGCAAGCCAGUAACUCGCUUAAGAUACUCGGCCUAUUUCCUCACCCUGGCUAUAGUCAUUUUCGUUUCUUCCAUCCCAUAAUGCGUGGCCUGGCUGAAAAAGGUCAUGAUGUUACGGUGAUAAGUCAUUUUCCGGAUGAAAACCCACCGCAACAGUACAGGGAUUUGCCGCUGACAGGUCAAAAAAUUUUGACGAAUUCUAUAGAAUUGAAGGCCUUUGAAGACCAACCUUUCUACAACUUCUAUUUGGAACUCCUUAUGAUCCACGAGUGGGGGAAAGAUGCCUGCAAUCAAACAUUACAUUCGGGUGCUUUGGCACAAGUGUUGCGGCACCAACAACAUUUCGAUGUGAUCAUCAUGGAGCAAUUCAACAGCGAUUGCAUGAUGGCGGUGGCACAUCAGCUCAAGGCGCCAUUCAUAGCGUUGAGUAGCUGCGCAAUGUUGCCUUGGCACUACGAUCGCAUGGGCGUACCAAUUAUGCCAACGUCUAUACCCGACAGCUUCAUGGGACAAUCGGGCUUUGGCACUCGCCUUCUCAACUGGCUCCUCUUCCAUAGCGAGCGUUUACUUUAUGGGUAUCGGCGUACACAUACAAACGGCCAAGCCCNUACGGAUGCCAUUGUACGCCGAAAAUUUGGUCAUGACCUACCCUCCGUUGCUGAAUUGGCUAAGCAAACUGCAGCGUACUUUGUGAAUCAACACUUUUCAAUGAGCGGCGUUAUGCCACUGCCACCAUCUGUCGUGGAGAUUAGCGGCGUACACAUACAAACGGCCAAGCCCCUGGAUGCUGAGCUGCAAAAGUUUAUCGACAAUGCCGAGCAUGGCGUCGUCUUCAUUAGUUGGGGUUCGAUGAUACGCGCCGAAACUUUGCCGCCCGCCAAGCGUGAAGCAAUUUUGCGCGCUGUGAAGCGUCUCAAGCAGCGCGUCAUUUGGAAAUGGGAGAAUAGUACAUUGGAACACAAGCCGGACAAUUUGUACAUAAGUAAAUGGCUGCCGCAACGCGACAUACUCUGUCAUCCUAAUGUGAAAGUUUUCAUGUCACAUACCGGCCUAAUGGGUUGCACAGAGGCAGCUUAUUGUGGUGUGCCCGUUGUAGCCACACCCAUUUUUGGCGAUCAAUUCCUGAAUGCGGCGGCAAUAAAGCAACGCGGUAUGGGUGUAGUGCUGCGCUAUGAGGAUAUCACGGAAAAUGCAGUGCUCAGAUCGGUUAAGAAGGUGCUGCACAAGCAAUACAUGGACAACGCCAAAGCGAUCGCGUUCUCCUACAAACAUCGGCCACAAACUGCGCUGCAAACCGCCAUCUGGUGGGUGGAAUAUGUCGCCCAAACGAAAGGCGCUCCUCUCACUAAAGCUGAUGCGGCGCACUUAUCGUACGUUGUCUCGCACGCGCUGGAUCUUUAUCUUUUCGUCGGCUUUAUUUUAUUAACAGCACUGCUUAGCUGGUGUCUUCUUUUCUAUAAGUUUUGCGCGCGUCACUCUAAAGCAGAGAAACAAAAGAUUGCUUAGGCGCAUUUAAUGAUACUGAAAACCAGUACUAAGCCCCUUAGCAGGUAUCCAUUGUUUCUGGUAUACCCAAAUUCAAUAUUUCAAGACAUUUCGCACGAUACUCACCGCCUCUAUAUAAUCCCACCUUACCUCGCACUCCUGCAUUUGGUACGAGCUCUUCGAACUGGUUACAUUUUACAGUUAAAUAAGCUUGAAACAACACUUAAUGAGCCUCGUUAAUCUAAGCACCGCACAGCACAGGAACCCGAAAACCUUAAUGCCCAUACAUAUGUAUA